UAGUGGUACACCCAGGGUACUGAAUGUGAAUCAGGUGGAGAGUCAGCUGAUGUCGACACAACCAGGAAAGACAACUAAAUCCUCCCAUCAACUAACUGUGUGAUAACUAGUCAGAUCGUUUCAACAGAAUUAUUUAUUUGACGCGUCUCGGUGUUUAACUCAUAAUAUGUUCGCUGGAGACGAUGAAGAUGGAGAUUUCUUGUUACCGACAGGCGGAGCUAAGCUGGCUUCCCUGUUUGGUGUGGACCAAGACGCCAGCCCAGGGAAUGAGUCUUUUCAUUACACAGCACCAAAACAGCCAAGGAAGAGCUCAAAUUCAGCAUCCGUCCUCCAGACAGCAGCCUCAUCACCUGGAGCCUCUGCAGUCUUAUUCGCCACAGCGGUGCAAUCCUUUCGCUAUAUUAAUGGACAGUAUGUGAAGCAGGGGAAGCUGGGGGCAGCCAUAUUGGGCAACCAUGCAACUCAAGAGUACAAGCUGCUUCUGUACUUGAGCCAGCAGAAACAAGUUGCUUCUGCCAAGAUUCAUUCUGGCUUUGUUUUCACGGUACAAUCAAACAACUACUGCACAUUUUAUGAUGACCAAAGGCAGAAUUGGUCUCUGAUGUUUGAAUCGGAGCAAUCUUCUUCAGACUUCUGUAAGGAGGUGUGUUUGGCCAAGGCAAACAGCUGCCGAAUUUUAGAUACGGUGGUGUCUCAGGAUCUGAGUCCUGGGGAAGGGCAAGCCGUCGACUACGGUGACACUCUGGAGGUGGCGUACAGAGGUUGGCUCUUACAGAACCACACCAUUGGACAGAUGUUUGACUCCAACCAAAACAGUGAAAAGUUGUUGCGCAUGAAAAUUGGAGCUGGAAAAGUCCUUCAAGGAUGGGAGAAGGGGGUGCUGGGAAUGAAGAAGGCCGGUCGUCGUCUCAUUGUCGUCCCACCAAACCUGGCCUAUGGAUCUAAAAGUGCCCAUGAUGGUGUUCCAGCUAAUAGCACUCUGAUUUUUCAAGCAACACUAAGACGGGUCAAGUUUUCCAAGGAGAGUGGGUCUGACCAGGCCAGUGCCAGUUCCAGAGAGUCUGGUGCGGUCUCCCCUGCUCCUAGUGUGGAGAAUAUAACCCUGGAUCCACCAGAACAAACGUUGGAUUCAGACAAAGCAGAGGAAUCACCCGUACGUGCUAAGUCAAAUUCAAUAAGCGAACAACUGAAUGCCCCAGAUGCCACAAAGGCCAAGUUGAUCUCUCGUAUGGCAAAAAUGGGCCAGCCCAUGUUGCCCUUCCUAACGGGAGUGUCCUGUCAGUCAGAGUCUUGUGACUCUGACUCGGAGGAUGCCAGCACUGGUAGAACCAAGGAUCCACCUUCUGCUUCAUCUCCUGUGGAGAUCUCUACUGCUGCCCCAGCUCCGACACACGCACUUCCACAUCCAUAUCCUUCUCUUCCUGCCAAUGUGCUGCCCACCCUCACCAAUUUUGCCUCACAGGUUGUGUUGCCAGGUAACAUGCGUGCUUUUCAGCCUUACGCCUACGCACACACCUCUGUGCCUGCGACUCAGCUACAGUCCGUUAGCCACGUUUACUCAGCACAACCUGUAUCUCAUAUUGGCAGCGGUGAUGUGAAUUCCUUCUUGCUCACUGAGGCCCGACAGCAGAACAUGGAAAUCCGUUUAACUGUCGGGAAAGUAGCAGACAAAGUGGACCAACUUGCAUCAAAGAUAGAUGACCUCCACAGGCAAGGAAGCGUCUCCUUGGGUUUGUCUGGUAUAUCAAUGGAUUCCUGCAUGGUCAUGCAAAACAUCCAGCGAAUCAUCCAGGAAAACGAAUGUUUAAAGAAGGAAGUGUUUGAGAAAAGUUCUCGUAUUGAGGAGCAAAACCACAAGAUCGGUGAACUCCUCAACCAAAGUCAAAGGUAUAUGGAACAGAGCAACAUGCUUCUGGAGCAGCGUCACGACUCCCUUAAGUCCUCCAGCGAACAAAAUCAGGCCAGACUGCUGCAGGCUGAAAAAGACAAGAUUCAGUUGAGGGAGGAACUGGCAUCAACCACCACCCAACUUUCACAGAUGCAACUCGAGGCUUCCGCUCAUCAGCAGAAGGUUUUGGAGCUGCAGAGUAAACUGAGCACAAAGCUGCUGGACUGUGAAAGCCACAGCAAACACAUCAAUGGGCUGGAAUCACAGCUCCGAGAGCUGAAGGAAAGAGCCCAGGAACACGACCAUACUGAAGAACAAAGAUGCAAGGAGAUGCAGCAGAAGGUCAACACCAUGGAGGAGGAAUUGCGUGACCUGAAAGCUGAUAAAGAUCAUCUGGAACGAUCAUGUCAUCUGCAAGCAGAGCAGCUGCAGGAAGACUGGAAGGUCAAGUAUGAGCAGGCCCUUGCCUCCGCUAGACAACACCAUGACAGAGAGACAGCGGCGCUUAAAGAGGAGCGAGAUCAUCUGCUGGAGGAGCUUCAUGAGGUACAAGAAAAGUGCAAAGAGCUGGGGACACACAGAGACAUUGCCGAGGAGACGCAAGAGCGACAAGUGACCGACCUCGAGACCAAACGGUCUGACACGGCUGCAGAGGUGAAGCGUGUGAUGAACGGAGUAUUUCAUUCCUUACGAGGACAGUUUGACCACAGCGAAUCUUACACCGGCCAUGUGGUGCUCAGUGUGAUUGUCAAUACAAUUAAGAACGUAACACUGAAUCUCCUCAGCGGCAAGGAUGGCCCGACAACUAAGGAGGAAUUGCCACCACAAAAAGAAAAUAGAGACGAUGGGAAACAAAAAGAGGAGAAAAUCCGAGUCAGCAAUCAGAAGUCACUUGGUGAUCCAGAGAAUGAUGAUGAUGAGGACGCAAGUGAGGUCCAAAUGCAGGAGCAAUUAUCGGAUUCCAGGACACGGUUGCAAUCUGAAGCUUUAGAAAGCACACAAUCAGUCACAUCCACGGCAUCCACAGUGCAGGACAUGGCGGCAUUGGAGGCUGAGAUGAAGCCUGAGCAAGGAGUACAUGGUACCAGCAAGGCUGAACCUCAAGAGAGCAUCCACGCUGACGUCCUAAGUGAUGUUUUGAAGAAAAGCGAGGAAGAGCAACAUAAUCAAAGAACAGGGAGCCCUGACGCUCACCGAUCUUUCAGAACUCCAGUCAAGCCACCUCCGCCACCACUCUCAGAAGUUCAAGUCACUCGGGGUGAAGAUCAGAGCCUGACUGGGGAUUCAACCAAGGAAAAUGGAGAUGAGACUUUUUCCCAGGUAGAACCCAUUAACAAACCGACUUCACGGCCAAUUGCAGAAGAAGAGGAAGAUGAGCAGAGCCUGAAGGGACGUCCUUCCCCACCUCCACUGUUUGAUGACGACGGCGACAAAGAUCUCGACUGGCUGUAGCUCAGAUGCAACAAAACCCAGAUCAGAACCUGUUCCUGGUGGUCCGUGAGGCUAACAUCAAGCUGACUGACUGACCUCCAGCAGCCAAACUCGCAAAUGAUCCCCAAUCAGAAGAUGGGUUGAAAAAAAAAAGUAUAUGAUGUAGACAAAACAUUCUCAACGCUUAUGUAUUUUUUUUUUUUUUUACUGUGGCACAACAUAUACGUUUCAGACAAUAAUCCUUUUUUUUACCAUGCAAAAAGCUGAAUUUUACACGUUUCCUAACUAAAUAAAGAUUACUUUCUAACUCUG